UUUUUUUACAUUUUUAACUUCCUUCUAUUUAUAUAACUACCAUUUGUUAAACAUAACCAUUUUCGUUACUCUUGUUCCGUUUUCUCCUCUCCUUCAUUUUUCUUUCUCUAUCUUCCUAUGGUUUAGGACAUUGAUCUCAUUCCACUUCCAAUUUGUCUCAAUUUCUUUCCUUUGUUUUUCUCAUCUAGGUUUUUGGUUUUCUGAAUUGGGUUUAAGUUAGUUUCUCUUGUAAUUAUUAUUAAUUAAGGUUUUUUUUCCCUUCCCCAAUCCUGAAAAUUCAGAUUUGUUUUCUUUGGUAGUUUUUUUGGAUCAAGAUCGAUCUAUUUUUUUCUUCUUCUAUUGCCUUAGAGAUAUAAAGAAUUCUCUUCAAUGGCACAACUUCCUCCUAAAAUCCCCAACAUGACACAACAUUGGCCUGAUUUCUCUUCCCAAAAGCUCUCUCCUUUCACUACCCCAACCGCGACCGCUAUCGCCGCCGCUACAACCGCCGUACAAAACCCCUCAUGGGUCGACGAAUUCCUAGACUUCUCAGCGUCUCGCCGUGGCAACCACCGUCGUUCCAUCAGCGACUCUAUCACAUUCCUCGAAGCUCCAACCGUCAGCAUCGAAGACCACCACUUCGACAGGUUCGACGACGAACAGUUCAUGUCAAUGUUCACCGACGAAGACGGCCUUCAUAAUAAUCCUUCCCAUAUCAACAACAACAACAACAAUGUGGGGCCCACCGGCUCUUCCUCGAACACAUCCACGCCGUCCAAUAGCAUCAACGACGACAACAAAGAAUUACCACCGGCCGAUCAUAACAUGAACAAUAAUAACAACAACAACAAUAACGAUGAAGUCCAGAGCCAAUGCAAGAUAGAGCCAGAGGAUGGUACGGCGUCGAAUAACAAUUCCGGCGAUAGCUCCGGCAACCGGAUUCUCGAUCCCAAAAGGGUUAAGAGAAUAUUAGCAAAUCGGCAAUCAGCACAGAGAUCAAGGGUGAGGAAACUACAAUACAUAUCAGAGCUCGAACGUAGCGUCACUUCGUUGCAGGCGGAAGUGUCAGUGUUAUCGCCAAGAGUCGCGUUCUUGGAUCAUCAGCGUUUGCUUCUCAACGUCGACAAUAGCGCUCUCAAGCAACGAAUCGCUGCUUUAUCUCAAGACAAGAUUUUCAAAGACGCACAUCAAGAAGCAUUGAAGAGAGAAAUAGAGAGACUUCGACAAGUGUAUAAUCAACAAAGCCUCAAGACGAUGGAGAAUGCAAAUCAUUUACCGGCGACCGGAGCCGGAGCUACCUCAGCCGUCGACAUCAAGCCGUCUAUUGAACAAGAACAGCUCCUCAAUGUCUCAUAAAUUAAUCAUCAUCAACAACAUGUCUCUCUCUCUCUUCUUGGCAAAAAUGCUUGACUAUAAAAUCUCUUUAGGCUAAGAAUUUCAGAAGAUGACAUUUUUUAUUCUAAUCACAUUGUUUUUAAGUUGUGAUGAAUUCAAUUUGAUGUAUCUUAUUUUUUUUCUCUUUAUGUCGUCUUUCUUUUCUUGGGGAAUUGAUGGAAGGGGAUCAUCAAUUGUUGUUUGUACAAAGAACUAGUUGAUUUGUUAUUGUUUUUUUUUGGGAGUGUAUAAAGAUUUGUGUACUAAUUAAUUAA